UGCCGGGGCCGGGAGGCGGCGGGCGGCCCGGGAAGUGGCGGAGACGCGGUGCCCGCCGAGCCGGGCUGAGCAGCAGAGCCAGGUCGCGGGACGGCGGCUUCACCAUGAACCCCAGGGGCCUGUUCCAGGACUUCAACCCGAGUAAAUUCCUCAUCUACAUCUGCCUGCUGCUCUUCUCGGUGCUGCUGCCCCUCCGCCUGGACGGCAUCAUCCAAUGGAGCUACUGGGCCGUCUUCGCCCCCAUCUGGCUGUGGAAGCUUCUGGUCAUCAUGGGCGCCUCGGUGGGCGCUGUGGUUUGGGCCCGAAACCCUCGCUACCGCACCGAGGGGGAGGCCUGCGUGGAGUUCAAAGCGAUGUUGAUCGCCGUGGGCAUCCACCUGCUACUGCUCAUGUUUGAAGUCCUGGUCUGCGACAGGGUGGAGAGGGGGACCCACUUCUGGCUGCUGGUCUUCAUGCCGCUCUUCUUCGUAUCGCCCGUGUCGGUGGCCGCGUGUGUCUGGGGCUUUCGACACGAUCGGUCUCUGGAGCUGGAGAUCUUGUGCUCCGUCAACAUCCUGCAGUUCAUUUUCAUCGCCCUGAGGCUGGACAGGAUUAUCCACUGGCCGUGGCUGGUGGUGUUCGUGCCGCUGUGGAUCCUCAUGUCGUUCCUCUGUCUGGUGGUCCUCUAUUACAUCGUCUGGUCCCUCCUGUUCCUCCGCUCCAUGGAUGUGGUGGCGGAACAGCGAAGAACACACGUCACCAUGGCCAUCAGCUGGAUAAUGAUCGUGGUGCCCCUGCUUACAUUUGAGGUGCUGCUGGUUCACAGACUGGAUGGCCACAAUACGUUCUCUUACAUCUCCGUAUUUGUUCCCCUUUGGCUUUCGCUAAUAACUUUGAUGGCCACAACAUUUCGGCGCAAGGGGGGGAACCAUUGGUGGUUUGGGAUUCGCAGAGAUUUUUGUCAGUUUCUGCUGGAAAUUUUCCCGUUUUUAAGAGAAUAUGGGAACAUAUCAUACGAUCUACAUCAUGAAGAUAGUGAAGACGCUGAAGAAACGUCGGUUCCGGAAGCUCCAAAAAUUGCUCCAAUGUUUGGAAAGAAGGCCAGGGUCGUUAUAACCCAGAGCCCUGGAAAAUUUGUUCCCCCACCUCCCAAGUUAAAUAUUGACAUGCCAGACUAAAUAAACUUCUGGAAAGCACCUGUAAGUGGAAUGGAAACCAUAUACACCCAGCACACAAAAUUCACCUGUCAUUUUUGAUUCGUUGUUCAUCAUUCCAUAGCAGGAACUGAAAACACCAUCCUCUCAUGCCUUGUUUGAGAUUGAUGCCUAUCAGUGACUUGUCAGUAUGCACCUUAGAUAUAGAUGUGGGGGGUUAUUUUAAUAUAUGUCCGUGUGUGUGUGUGUGUGUGCGCGCAUUGUAAGUGUGUGAGAGAUCUUGCUUUCAAGGCUGGGAGCAGUAAGUUGAAUUGUUUUUGGAAUCCUCAGAUGGAAUAACUACACUGCUGGGUUGCUGGUUUUGUUUUGUCUUUAGUGAUACUAUUUCAGAAGUUUUGUUUUUAAAAGUAUUUUUAUACACUGCUAGUGUAAAGUUGUAUUUCAGACUGUGCAUGUUGUGACAUGCUCCAUAGCAAAUGUAAAUUCUCUUUCCCACCACUUGUUCAUAAAUCUUAGUUGUUAUUUUUAGUGUUCCUACUGUUCAGGUAGUUUUCUUUGAGUAUUGCUGAUACUGGUUUUUAAUACACUGAUAGGUGAAUUUUCUAAUGCAGUGAAUUCAUGCAUAUAUGAUAUUUAUAUGAAUAUUUUAGUGGUGUAAUAUAUAAUGUCGGAUUCUAGUUCUAUGCAGUACUAUGUAUUGUGUUAAAGUAUUUUUUUAAGUUUCUAUGUGAAGAUCUAUGUCAACUGCAGAUGUCCUUAAAGAUUACUUAAAACAUUAAUAUGUACUUGGUGUGAGAUUUUAUCAAAGUACUAGACAUGGAUACAGAGGUUAAAAAUCCCCUGGGUCUUAAUAUUUGGGAGAGGAGACAGCACAGCUCUAAGGUCUCCUUGUCGAGGCAGGAGCCACCACCAGACUUGGUGGACAGGUAGCAUGCUGCAGGCCAGUACCAGGUAACAAAGUGACAUGUCAGCACUUUGAGUUUGUCCACACAGGCAGUAAUAUCAUCAGGAACAACCAACAUCAGCAACAGGUGGUCUGUCCGUUUCGGAGAACUGAGAACAUUAGUUAUUAGUUAGCCAUCGCAUAAUUCGUUGCUUCUGCUGUUCAGCAGGAGAGGGUGGGCCUUCAUCUAAAAUGGCCAACAGACCUUAAUGUCCAAACCUUUUGAACUCUCAGUAAUGGAAAUUGUAGUUCAGGUAGUUACUAAAUUAGUGUUUUAGUAGGUGUCAGGGGCCCACCAUUGAAACAGAAGGCCAGCAUUACUGGGAGACUAUUCUUCUGGCAAAUAAAUACUUUUGAAGGAGGUUAAAAUCGAAAGGAGUACUGCUGUUAUUACUCAAGAAAAGGCUGAAGGGAAUCCAUGUUUAGUGGUAGCAAUGUUUAAAAAAUUAAGUUGGGCUUCAUAUGAAAUAAUUUACCUGAUGAGGGGCAUGCUGGCAGGAAAUGCCAGCCGUAGGAGCCAGCCUGACAGCCUCAGGGUGCAGUAGCACGCUGGCUCAGGCACAUGCUCCCUCUCCCCCGCCCGCCUCACCCACACACAGUUCAUCCACACCAGCCAUCGGAUCAUGGGAAGCAGCCAUGAGCAACAGCGACUGCAAUAUCUCAUAAGCAAGGACUCAUUCAUUUGUUUUCUCUUUCAAAUACUACGUACUCUGAACCAGCCAGCCCGCAUACACUGCACACAGUGGAAGGGACACUGGGAAGAUAGUGCCCAUUGUGGCACCGCCCUGUGGGAGGGCACCAGCCCCAAGCAGGGGAUGCCAAACCGAAUAGAUGCUGCUCAUUUCAAGGCAACCUUCGCCUGGAACUUCAGGUUUCUCUGUUGAAGAGCCCACUGCCUGUUAAUGGCCCCAAAAGAGUAGCUCAAACAGUGACUUCACAUGUGCCCACAAUUUAGGAGUGGAGGUGCAGGUUGUUGGAGGAAUUGCAAAGCAGGUGAGGGGACGGGUGGGAUUGCCAAUCCCUACAAGCUGCAGUUUCAGACAAGGGGGCUUGUUGGCACUUGGUUGAAUCCUCCUAACGUGAUGGCCCCCUCCCACUCCAAUCCAAUCUACCUCCUUUGCCUCAGGCUGUCCUGGUGUUUGGAAUCCGGGUCUGAGCGCGUUGAUGAGCUCUCUUACCCAGGUAGGCAUCCCGUCAGUCAGACAUCUGCUUCUGGACCAUCAGAUAAAAACGGCAGGAAUGGCAGGCUGCAGAAAGUUGU